ACUUUGGUGCCCCUCAUGAACGGAGCCUCCCUGCCCGCCUCCAUCAGCAUCAACAGUCGGGCGGCGGCGGCUGCAGCAGCCUCGUUGGCGGCUAUCUCCGGGGCGCCGCCGACUCCGCUGCAAGUCUCGGUCUCCCAGGCGCAGCAGAGCCAGCAGCAGCCCGGGGAAGGGGGUGGGCACAAGCGGCCCGGCUCGGUGUCUUCGUCGUCGUCGGGGCGGUGGGGCGGCGGCGGCGGCGCCAGCGAUCAGGAGGGCAAGGACAAGGGGCAGCAGCAGGCGGCGCGAGGCUCGGCGGACCCUCUGGACCAGCUCGGCGUGGAGAGCAAAAACCGGGGGGCAGCUGCGGGCUCGGAGCAAGAGUGGCUGGGCAAGCCCAAGACGGUGCGUGACACCCUGCUGGCCUUGCAGCACAGCGGCCACGCGGCGCCCUUCGAAAGCAAGUUCAAGAAGGAGCCCAGCAUGGCGGGAGGGAGGCUGCUGGGCUACGACAGCAACGGGGCCGCGGCCAAAUCAGGGGCACGGGCUGCAAGGAAGAGAAAGGCUUCUCCAGAGCCAGAAGGUGAAGCUGGACCUCCGAAAAUCAAUGGCGAGGCACAGUCAUGGUUACCCACCUCAUCAGAAGGGAUGAAAAUACCAAUGGCAGCUGCAUCUUUCAUGUCCCCCCCACCACCAACUGCUUCACCUCAUUCUAAUCGGACCACACCACCGGAGGCAGUUCAGAAUGGUCAGUCCCCUAUGGCUGCACUAAUUUUGGUUGCAGACAACGCUGGGGGCAACCAUGCUUCCAAAGAUGCCAACCAGGUCCACUCCACCACAAGGAGGAAUAGCAGUAGCCCCCCUUCUCCAUCCCCUAUGAACCAAAGAAGGCUGGCCAGGGAAGUGCCAAGCCAAGGGGCAAAUCCUGGAGGGAUGGAACCAGUGCACCCUGUCAGCCUCCCAGACUCUUCUCUGGCAGCAAGCGUCCCCCUCUGCUGCACGCUGUGUCACGAGCGUUUGGAAGACACCCACUUUGUGCAGUGUCCCUCCGUUCCAUCUCAUAAGUUUUGCUUCCCUUGCUCCAGACAGAGCAUCAAACAGCAAGGAGCUAAUGGUGAGGUGUAUUGUCCUAGUGGGGAGAAGUGCCCCCUAGUGGGUUCCAAUGUCCCAUGGGCCUUCAUGCAAGGGGAGAUUGCAACCAUUCUUGCAGGAGAUGUCAAAGUGAAAAAAGAGAGGGACUCGUGACUUUUCCAGUUUUUCAAUGCAACAUCAACUUUAACAUAAAACUGCUUGAACUGUAUAUACCUAUAAAUAC